ACGGGAGCUGGACCCAGAGACAGUCAGCAUCUGUACCAAACGAUGAAGAUUUUGCUGGAUUCUAAUAAUUUUGCUCAAAAAUAAAGAAAACGAGAAACAGCGGACAUCAUGUAUGGUUUUGUGAAUCACGCCCUGGAGCUCCUCGUUUUGAGGAAUUACGGUCCGGAAGUGUGGGAAGACAUCAAGAGGGAGGCUCAGCUUGAUAUUGAGGGCCAGUUCCUCGUUAGAAUCAUAUAUGAGGAUGGCAAAACAUAUGAUCUUGUUGCAGCUGCAAGCAAAGUUCUCAAAGUUGAUGCGGGAGAGAUCUUGCAGAUGUUUGGCAAGAUGUUUUUUGAAUUUUGCCAGGAGUCAGGAUAUGACACCAUCUUACGCGUGCUGGGCUCAAACGUUCGUGAAUUCCUGCAGAAUCUGGAUGCUCUCCACGAUCACCUGGGCACCAUUUAUCCCGGGAUGAGGGCUCCCUCGUUUCGCUGCACUGAUGCAGAGAAAGGAAACAAUCUAAUUCUUCACUAUUACUCGGAGAGAGAAGGCCUGCAAGACAUAGUGAUUGGCAUCAUUAAAACCGUCGCUCAGCAAAUCCACGGAACAGAGAUAGAGAUGAAGAUGAUCCAACCCAAAAAUGAGGAGUGUGACCACAUCAAAUUUCUGAUUGAGGAGAAGGAGUCAGAGGAAGAGGCGUUCUACGAAGAUCUCGAUGGCUUUGAAGAGAACGGCACGCAGGAGACUCGAAUCAGCCCGUACACAUUUUGCAAGGCCUUUCCAUUCCACCUCAUGUUUGACAAGGACCUGAUGCUCACACAGUGUGGGAACGCCAUAUACCGAGUCCUGCCACAGCUCCAGCCGGGUACCUGUAUCCUUCCUUCAGUUUUUUCUUUGGUACGUCCUCACAUUGACUUCAGCUUUCACGGCAUCCUUUCCCACAUCAACACUGUCUUCGUUCUUCGUAGCAAGGAGGGCCUGCUGAAUGUGGAGACUGUAGAGAAUGAGGACGAGCUGACGGGGGUGGAGAUCAGCUGUCUGAGACUGAAAGGACAGAUGAUUUAUUUGCCAGAGGCUGAGAACAUCCUUUUUCUUUGCUCACCCAGUGUUAUGAACUUGGACGAUCUUACACGGCGGGGACUCUACCUAAGUGACAUCCCGCUGCAUGACGCCACGCGCGACCUGGUGCUGCUGGGCGAGCAGUUUCGUGAGGAGUACAAACUGACCCAAGAGCUGGAAAUCUUGACGGAUCGCCUCCAGCACACACUCCGAGCCCUGGAGGACGAAAAGAAAAAGACAGAUAGAUUGCUCUAUUCUGUCCUGCCACCAUCUGUUGCCAAUGAGCUGCGACACAAACGCCCGGUGCCGGCAAAGCGCUAUGACAACGUGACCAUCCUCUUUAGUGGCAUUGUCGGGUUCAAUGCUUUCUGCAGCAAGCACGCCUCAGCUGAAGGAGCCAUCAAGAUCGUCAACCUGCUCAACGAUGUUUACACACGCUUUGACAUUUUGACAGACUCUCGGAAGAACCCUUAUGUAUACAAGGUGGAAACAGUCGGUGAUAAGUACAUGACGGUUAGUGGCCUGCCCGAGCCGUGCACGCACCACGCAAAGUCGAUCUGCCACCUUGCUCUCGACAUGAUGGAGAUUGCUGGACAAGUGAAAGUGGAUGAUGAACCAGUGCAGAUUACUAUUGGGAUCCACACAGGAGAGGUGGUGACCGGAGUCAUUGGGCAGAGGAUGCCCAGAUAUUGCCUUUUUGGAAAUACGGUCAACCUCACAAGCCGUACAGAGACGACGGGUGAAAAAGGAAAAAUAAACGUGUCUGAAUAUACGUACCGGUGUUUGCAGUCUGCCGAGAAUGCCGACCCUCAGUUUCAUCUGGAGUAUCGGGGCCCGGUCACCAUGAAAGGAAAGAAGGAGCCAAUGAAGGUGUGGUUUCUUUCCAGGAAGCCCACAGACGCUUAAGGCUCAUCGAAGGAUUGCAUUAAUGCGGUCAUGUCCUGUCACAUUUUGACACAGGGAUGGGUUGGAUCAGGUGACACAUAUGCAGAUAUUUUUAUUAUGAUGAAACACAUUUGUCUAUCCGAACACCCGCCUCUCUCUACGUACCCAUGGUCUGCCAUUACAUUUUAUAGCUGUGUAGCGUUUCAUCGAGAGGUCCGUGAUACAGUAUUUGGUGCAGUCAAGUUUGAUACGUUUGAUACAUACAAAGUGGUGUAUUAGACUACACACUAAAGGUUUUAAUAAACAAAACAAUUUCCAUUUAUUGAUUAUUUUUAUUUUAGUUUCCAUUUUUGUCUGCCGUGUUUGUGUAGUGUGAAGCGUGCCAAAAAAAAGACAAUUUAUAGCCAAAUUAAGUAAUUUCAGAGUAUACUUUAUUUUAUCAUCAUCAUAUUAAAUUUUACAGGUACAGAAUAUAUUAAAUGUAAGUAAAAAUUGGACUAAUUAGUUUAAUGAAAAUGACUGUAGAGCUUACAUUAUUGUCCUUGUUCACCAAAUGUGAGAAUUUAUAGUUUUACACUGAAUAUAUUACACUGGCUUCAAGAUUAUUAUAACAAAUGAGAAUUUAGAUUUAGACUAGAUAUUAUUAUAUAUAUAAUACUGAUGUCAAAUCUGUAUCAUAAAAACUACUGUGCCAACUACAUUCAUAUACAGUUUUACAUUACACAGACUUACUUGUAUUUUUAAAAGCCACAAAUCAUAAAGCAUUUGAGCCAUUAGUUCUUCACAUGUACCCAUUACUUAAUUAUUAAAAUACCCUUAGUAUUAAAAGCACUUAACACUAUUUUAUAUAUUUAUGUUACCUCUGUACACAUUGCACAAUCACCUCAUGUCUGCUUAAAUGAUAUUGAAUGCUAUUUUCAGUUCUACUGUAUGUUACUGAGAUAAAGCUACAUAUUUAUUAUGUCAUGUUACUUUGUAUUUAUUCCUUUUUUGAGAAAAGAACUGUUAUUACUUUUAGAAAUGAAAAAAGAAAACGUAUGGUAAAUUUUGCUAUGUAUGACACUACUUUGUGCCUCCAUCACAUGUUGGAUUAAUCUCACUUGAGUAUAUGUACUGUACGAUUUUUCAACAUAUUUUCCAAAUUCACUAUUAAUAAACUAAACACAGUGUCCUCCGAGGUUUAAUGUGUGACAACACACAGGUGCCUCUUGUGUUAUAAGAGUGCAUUUCUGUGCUUGUAGGACAUCUUGUUUUAUCUGGUGUUUAUUUUGGAGGUAACUAAUAAAUAAUGUGGACAAGUGUGGAUUACUUGA